ACGGCCUAAUCUGUCAUGUCGAUACCCACAUGUCGGAGCUUUAUAACAGACAUUGAACGCAGCAUCACCACGAGUCUUCCGCUUGUCGGCUCUUCGACACAGCACAAAAACAUGAGCGCGUCUGUUGUUGUCCGGAGGUUAGCAGCUCUGUCCGGGGCUUCGGCCGUGGCAGCCGGGGCGUACGGGGCUCACGGAUUCAAAAACAGCGACCCUGAUGAUUACCAAAGAGUGCUUUUUGAAACUGCCAACAAGUACCAUUUCUACCACAGCCUGGCCCUGCUGGGUGCUGCCCACUCUGGCAAACCUGCCGUGGCUGGAGCUCUCCUGAUAGCGGGCAUGGGGAUGUUCUGUGGCUCUCUGUACCACCAGGCCCUGACGGGGGACCCCGGUCUGAGGAAGGUGGCUCCCAUGGGGGGCAUGGCGAUGAUCGCCGGCUGGCUGGCCAUCAUUCUCUGAACUGUAACGGUUCACACUCGUCCACCGCGCCACACUGUGACACUGAAGUGUCACGCUGUGAAUGGAUGAACUGGAGAGCCUGUGAGAGUUGUCUGGAGAGCCUGUGAGAGUUGUCUGGAGAGCCUGUGAGAGUUGUCUGGAGACGUUUAAAAGCGAUGAGUUAUGACACCCGUGUAACCGCUCCCCGUCCUGGGCCGAGGGUGUCAGCAGCAGAUAAGGUCACGACAGGAUUAUCACUUUUGUACUUCUGACUGGUGCCCUCUUACUUUUUUUAUUUUAGUCACUUUGAAUAAGCAAUAAAUUCAGUAUGUCAUGCAUGAUUUAUUAAUUGACAUUUCUCUUGUGUGAGGAAAGAGAAAAAAAUACAAGCUAAUAUACAUUCUCCAUGCUAUACAUUCAGUUUGUGCUUUAGUAAAGAACAGUAUUCAACUUCAUUGUGUAUUUUUGCCCUAGUUUCUGACUUCUAGCUGUUAUAUAGGUUUUAUUUAAAGCAGAGAUAUGACAGAAUAGAGUACACAAUAAUAAAAGACAAAUAUGAAGGGUUUCAAAUGAAAUAAAGGAAUUUUCUACAAUA